AGUUGAGACGACAGUGCCGUCAGGCACGAUCGACGAGUGUUUAGUCUGCUCCGAUGGAAAACGUGAAAUGCUUUUCAGCCCCUGCGGGCAUAUAGCCUGCUGCAACGCCUGCGCCCCGAGGGUCAAGAAAUGUCUGAUCUGCAGAGAAAAUAUUCUGUCCCGAACGAAGAUCGAGGAAUGCGUGGUGUGCUCGGAUCGCAAGGCGAGCGUAUUGUUUCGGCCAUGCGGGCACAUGUGCGCCUGUGAAAGUUGCGCAGCGCUGAUGAAGAAGUGCGUACAGUGCAGAAUGCAGAUACAGCACAUGGUGUCGAUGUCCAUCUGCUGCGGAGGUGGCGGCGACGUCACUUACGUUAAAGGCAUCAAUAUUACAGGGGCCUUAAUAACGGACGUGAAGAACGAGCAGGAAGAAGAAUUACCGCCGCAGAACACGGGCGGUGGUGGGGAAGGGAUUCUGAUGAACAACGGCAGUCGAGACAUGUCCCUAAGCGAUAUACAGAAACUUCAGCAACAACUCCAAGACAUCAAGGAACAGACGAUGUGCCCGGUCUGCCUGGACCGUUUGAAGAACAUGAUAUUUUUAUGCGGCCACGGGACCUGUCAAAUGUGCGGCGACCAGAUGUCGGAGUGCCCGAUAUGCCGGAAGUCGGUGGACAAACGGAUUCUGCUGUACUGAACCCAGGAGACAGGUCGACGUUUCGAGUUUUUUUAAGCAAUAGGAAUAACUAAAUAUUGCAUAAAUACGUCGAUUGAAAAUGUUCGACAGAUUUAAUUUGCUUCCGAGACUUCCAACGUGAGACUUCGACUGGUGAUUCCGUUUGAAAAGCAUAAAACAUGCAUUAAUUAGCUGCAAAUAUUAAUAUCUUUUAUAUACAUACUAUACAA